GCCCAUGGGGGGCGGCUUUGGCCGCGUACCGUGGCGGGCCCGGGCGGCGGCGGGGCCGGGAUGUUCACGGCGGCUGCCGAGAGCUUCCUCAGGCAGGCGAGGGAGAUCCAGGAGGAGGAGCUGCGGAGAUUCGCCGCCCGCGUGUCCGCCCUGCUGCAGGGCCCCGAGGCGAGCCCCGAGGCCGCGGAUGGGCUGCAGAGGCUGCACCUCACGGUGGCCGCCACCAAGUACCCCCGCAGGCUCGAUGGCAAGUUUGUGGAGCUGUUGCAGACAGUGCUGUGCUCACCCAAAAGUCCUGAGCAGAUUCAGGUGUUAUGUGCUGCCAUCCUGAGAGAGAUGUCACCUUGCAACGAUCUUAUCCUCUCCUGUGAUGAGAUUCAAGAUACGAAGCUCUUGAGCCUGGUAUCCUCCGUCCUUCUGGCUCAGGGAAAUAAGGGUGAGGUGGCAGCUGUGGGGCAGCAUGUUGUGCAGGCCCUUGAAAGAAGGCUGCCUGAGGGUCAUAGUGCUCGGUUCCUUCUUCCUGUCCUGGCAAAUGUCAUCAGCCUUUCCCCAGAAUCUCUAACAGAAGAACAGACCAAUGUUGUCAGUAAAAAGCUGGCUGACUGGCUGAGGUAUGCAAGCAUUCAGCAAGGAAUGGCUCAGCCUUCUGGAGGCUUCUUCUCCAGUCCCAGAACCAAACAGCCUGCUCCUAUCACAGAGGUGGAUGGUGCUGUUGCCACAGACUUCUUCACAGUGCUCUCAGUGGCUCAGCACUACACACAGGACCAGUGGCUCAACGUGCAGGCUUUCUCCAUGCUGAGAAACUGGCUGCUGUGCUAUGGGGGCAAGGAGCUGGACACCCUUAAUCCAGGUGACAAAGCAGGAGGGGACAGGUCUGUGACACCCGCGGUCCCUGCUCCAGCCACGGCUGGCCGGCAGCUUCCGCCCAGGGAGCGCCUGCGGGACAAAGCCUUCGAGUACUGCCAGCGCCUCGUGGAGCAGAGCAACCGCCGACCCCUGAAGAAAGAUGAUGGAGACCUGCAAAAAGCUUGUCUCAUUGAGGCAGUGACAAUCAUGGACAUCAUCUGCAAACAGGACUCCUCCUACGUGUGCCGUGCUGUCUCCUUCCUGAAAAUCCUGCACAGCAGGAUCUGUGGGGAUGCCGCUUAUGCCAGGGCACUGCUGCCCAUUGCCCAGUUCUUCCUGAACCACAGCAAACUGGCAGCUGUGGACUCAGAUGCCAUCUACAAACACCUCUUCACUGAUAUCCCAGCUCAGCUCUUCCACAACCCAUCACUGGCCUUUGAAUUUGUCCAGUUCUGCAAAGACAACAGCCAGCUCUUCACAGACUCCUCCAGCAUAUUCAGGCAGAGCUUCCCAAAUCUCUUCAAGUUCCUGGCAUGGAACAGCCCACCUCUGAUCUCUGAGUUUGUGGACCUUCUCCCAUUUCUGCUGGAUCCAGGCACAGCCAUUGAGAUCUUCCAUUUGCUGCUUGACCUGCCCUGUUUGACAGCAGCUCUGGACAUCCAGCUGAGGGCAGCAGCUCUUCCUGCCUCUGAGAAGGCUGGGGCUGACCCAGCUGGGAAACCAGCCACGUGUCUGGAGGCCUUCCGCCAUCCCCUCUACAGGAGCAUGUUCCAGUAUCUCCUCCGCACCAGGUCUGCUCCCGAGGAUGCUCCAGACAGUCUGGUUCCACUUCGGCAGCUUCUGGCAUCCCUGGCUGGCAGCCCAAGGGUGGUGCAGUGUGCAGAGACUGUCCCUGUCUUACUGGAGCUCUUUUUCAGGGUGGUGGCAGAGAUCAGGCAGUUUCUCUGCCAGCUGUCUCACCUGGCUGGUUAUUUUGGGGUUUGGCUGCUGGAUGUCACUGGUACUGCAGAAACAAGGGCUGGCUUUCAGUUUGCAGAUGGCUCUCUGAUAAACCAGCUGGUGGUGCUGCUGCUGCAGAGGAGUGACCAGCUCUAUGACAUCCCAGCAUUUAAAGAGGAUGUGUACAGGGUGCUGGGCCCACAGCUGGCAAUGCUCUGCGGGCUGCGCCCUGCGCUCGUGGUGGAACUGGCCACGGAGAUCCUGGAGUUCUCAGGAGCAGUCAGCAACAUCCAGAGCAAGGAGGCCAUCUUCACCCACAUGGCGUGGGCUGUGGGCGAGUUCCUGUCGGUGUCCCACGACAAGCGCUGCACAGUGGAGCAGAUCACGCGGUUCUUCGAGACCCUCGAGGCUGUGCUCUUUGAGAUCACCCAGCUCCGGCCACAGGCCAGCACCCCCAGCUGUGCCCCCCGUGCCAUCAGUGUCCUCAUGGCCACCUUGACCAAGCUGGCAGCACGCAGCCAGGACUUGAUCCCCAGAGUGUCCAUGUUUCUGUCCAAGAUGAGGACAUUUGUGCAGAGCCCUGCUGUCACCUCUGUUUACUGCGAGGAAGACCUUGAGGAGAUCCUUAUACGUGCAACUGAGCUCAUGAACCUGCUGAAAAUGCCCAGCGUGGCUCAGUUUGUGUUCACCCCACCUGUGGCCAGCACACGGUUUCAGAGGGAGGUGAACGACUCCCUCCCUUUGGCCCUGAGGAUGGUCACCCAGCUCCUGGAGCCUGCUCCAGGCUCCAUGCCAGUGUGAGGGCAGGAGGUUUCUGGAGUAACUCACUGGACACUACUAACACUCAAGGCUGAGGCCCUGAUCUUAACUGGAAAAGAGGAACAAAUGAUUGUGAGUGAAACAGAGAACAGGAAUAAGAAGAGCUGGGGCUGCUCUUCUGGUCUAAGGCUGUUUGUAUUUCUGUGUCCCAGUUGCUUUUUUAUCUCCUAAGCUUGUCUUAUUCCUUCCUGGUGAGUAUGUAUUGAAAAUCCUGGUGGAUUUGUGCAAAUGUU